CUGGGGGUGGCGGCGGCCGAGCGGGGACCUGAGCGCGUCCGCUCCGCGCUGCAGCUGCCGCUCCCGCCGCCCGCCCAGCCUGCGUGCACCCGCGGUCAUGGGCCCCGUCGCGGCGUCGGGCGCCUGAACCCCCGGACGCGAGCGCCGGAGGCGGCCGGCGGGCCGCGCGGCACCCAGACGCCGACUGAAGGUGCACGCGGUGGGCUAUGGGAUGGAUGAGGUGGAGCAGGACCAGCAUGAGGCCCGACUCAAGGAGCUGUUUGACAGUUUUGACACAACGGGCACUGGGUCCCUGGGCCAGGAGGAACUCACUGACCUCUGCCACAUGCUGAGUUUGGAGGAGGUGGCACCAGUGCUGCAAGAGACGCUGCUUCAGGACAACCUAUUGGGCAGGGUGCACUUUGACCAAUUUAAAGAAGCACUGAUACUUAUCUUAUCUAGAACUUUGUCAAAUGAAGAACACUUUCAAGAACCAGACUGUUCUCUGGAAGCUCAGCCCAAAUAUGUCCGAGGUGGGAAGCGUUACGGCCGUAGGUCUUUACCUGAGUUUCAAGAGUCCGUGGAGGAGUUUGCUGAGGUGACAGUGAUUGAGCCACUAGAUGAAGAAGCGCAACCAUCGCACAUCCCCGCCGGUGACCACAGUGAGCACUGGAAGACUCAGCACAGUGAGGAGUACGAAGCUGAAGGCCAAUUAAGAUUUUGGAACCCAGAUGACUUGAAUGCCUCACAGAGUGGGUCUUCCCCUUCCCAAGACUGGAUUGAAGAGAAGUUACAGGAAGUUUGUGAAGAUCUAGGCAUCACCCGGGAUGGUCACUUGAACCGAAAGAAGCUGGUCUCUAUCUGUGAGCAGUAUGGAUUGCAGAAUAUUGAUGGCGAGAUGCUUGAAGAAGUCUUUAAUAAUCUUAAUCCUGAUGGUACAAUGAGUGUAGAAGACUUUUUUUAUGGUCUGUUUAAAAAUGGGAAAUCCCUUACACCAUCAGCAUCUACUCCAUAUAGGCAAUUGAAAAGGCACCUCUCCAUGCAGUCUUUUGAUGAGAGUGGGAGACGUACAACAACCCCACUGGCGAUGACGAGUACCUUUGGCUUUCGGGUCUUCUCUUGCCUGGAUGAUGGCAUGGGCUGUGCAUCAGUGGAGAGGAUCCUGGACACCUGGCAGGAAGAGGGCAUUGAGAACAGCCAGGAGAUCCUGAAGGCCUUGGAUUUCAGCCUCGAUGGAAAUGUCAACUUGACAGAAUUAACUCUGGCUCUUGAAAAUGAGCUUUUGGUUACCAAGAACAGCAUCCACCAGGCAGCUCUAGCCAGCUUUAAGGCUGAGAUCAGGCAUUUGCUAGAGCGAGUUGAUCAAAUGGUCAGAGAAAAAGAGAAGCUACGGUCGGAUCUAGACAAGGCUGAGAAACUCAAGUCUUUAAUGGCAUCAGAAGUGGAUGAUCAUCACGCAGCCAUCGAGCGUCGGAAUGAGUACAACCUCAGGAAACUAGAUGAGGAGUACAAAGAGCGCAUAGCAGCCUUAAAGAAUGAACUCAAAAAGGAGAGAGAGCAGAUCCUGCAACAGGUGGGCAAGCAGCGUGUAGAACUUGAGCAGGAAAUUGAAAAGGCCAAAACAGAAGAGAACUAUGUCCGGGACCGCCUGGCCCUCUCUUUAAAGGAAAACAGCCGCCUAGAAAAUGAGCUUCUGGAAAAUGCAGAGAAAUUGGCAGAGUAUGAGAAUCUGACAAACAAACUUCAGCGAAAUCUGGAAAACGUGUUAGCAGAAAAGUUUGGUGACCUUGAUCCCAACAGUGCUGAAUUCUUUCUGCAAGAAGAGAGGCUGACACAGAUGAGAAAUGAAUAUGAGCAACAGUGCAGGGUAUUACAAGAUCAAGUAGAUGAACUCCAGUCUGAGCUGGAAGAAUAUCGUACACAAGGCAAAAUGUUCAGACUUCCCUUGAAGAACUCUCUGUCAGAAGAACUUGAUAUUAACAGUGGUUGCCUUGAGCCUGACCAAGGCCUUGGUUCUGAAGAAUGCAACCCUAUGACGAUGAGCAUUGAGGCAGAGCUGGUCAUCGAACAGAUGAAGGAGCAGCAUCACAGAGACUUAUGUCGUCUACGACUAGAGCUUGAAGACAAAGUGCGCCACUAUGAGAAGCAGCUAGAUGAAGCCAAGGUGCGCUGUGAAGAAAAGCAGGAGAACAUGAAGCAAAAGUAUGAGAGCGAAGCACACACAUUGGAAAAGCAAAUAAGUGACCUUAAAAAUGAAAUUUCAGAACUUCAGGGGCAGGCAGCAGUGCUCAGGGAGGUAGAACAUUUGACAACAUGCAGGCAUGAGGCAGAGAAAAAAGAACUGCAGGUGAAGUGUGAAGAGGAAAAGACACAUCUGCAGGAGACACUGAGGCUGCAACACGAGCGGGAGCUCCAGGCCCGGCUGGAGCAGGCAGAGGACAGGUUUAACAGAGAGAGGGAUGAGCUUCUUCAAAACGGCACUUGGACGGCAGAGAAGGUGAGGGACUUGACUCAGGAACUAGAGAAGCAGCAUCAGCAGCAGCUGAAAAGCCUGGCGGAGAAGCACGCUCUUGAGAAAGAGGAGUUGCGAAAAGAGCUUUUGGAGAAACACCAAAGGGAACUUCAGGAGAAAAGGGAAAAAAUGGAAACUGAGUGUACUAGAAGAACCUGUGAGCUAGAAGCCCAGUUUCAGGCUGAUUGUCAGAAAGUCACUGAGCAGUGCGAGAGUGCCCUGCACAGCCUGGAGGGCCACUACCGCCAGGAGCUGAAGGAUCUGCAGGAGCAACAGCAGGAGGAGAGAGCACAGUGGGAGUUUGAGAAGGAUGAGCUCACCCAGGAGUGUGCGGAAGCCCAGGAACGGCUUAAAGAGACUCUCCAAAGGGAGAAAACUACAUCUCUGGUCCUGAACCAGGAGAAAGAGGUGCUUGAGAAAACAUACAGAGAACAUUUGAAUAGCAUGGUGGCUGAGAGAGAGCAGCUACUCAGAGACCUGCAAGAGCUAAGAGACGUGUCCGAAAGUCAGCAGAGCCUGCUGUCCAGCCCGAUCUUUGAGCUGAAGAGUAGCCCUCCAAGAGAGCUGAGGGACCCCGAGCAGUGCCAGGCAGGCAUCUGCAAGCAGUCGGCCCGCCAGCACCUGGAAAGACUAGAAUUGGAGCGUGAUCAGGAGAGGCAGGAAAUGAUGACCAAACUGCUGGCCAGGGAGAGCAUCCACAAGAAGGCGCGGGAGAAAGCAGAGCUAGAAAAGGCUGAGUUGAGCACAGAAAUCUCCAGGCUUCAGAAUCAGAUUAAGGAACUGCAGCAGGCAGCUUCUCCCCUGUCCCCACUUCAGAGCGACUGCCAUCCCAUAGGAGGAGAGGAGGUGGGCAGAGGUGGAGCUAUGUCCCUGCUUGAGCAAGGAGAGCAACUGCUGGAAGAGAAUGGAGAUGUCCUCUUAAGCUUGCAGAGAGCUCAUGAACAGGCCGUGAAGGAAAAUGUGAAAAUGGCUGCUGAAAUUUCAAGACUGCAGCAGAAGCUGCAAAAAUUAGAGCCUGGGUCAGUUAUGUUGUCCUGUUUAGAUGAGCCAACAAAUGGGUUAUUUGGAAAUUCCAUGGAGCAAACAGAGCCCUUGAUGCGGCAUAAUAGAAUGAAGCAAAUAGGUGUGACCUUAUCACAUGUCUCAAGUGAGCUGCAGGAUGAUGAGGUGCAGGAUAUAGGGAGCACGGGGACAAGCUCUGUCCAGAGACAGGGGACCAAAGUAGAAGAAUUUGAGGCAUCAGUGGAGAGUUUUUCUGAGCUUGAAAACAGUGAAGGGACCAGAACUGAGAACUGGGACCUGAAGAAUCAGGUCUGUCAACUUCAAGAACAGUUGAUGGUCUUGCGUGCAGAUUGUGAUCGAGCUUCUGAAAAGAAACAAGACCUGCUUUUUGAUGUUUCUGUGCUGAAACGGAAACUGAAGGUUCUUGAGAGAAUCCCUGAGACUUGUUCCAGGUACAAAUUGCUAUAUGAAGAUGCGAACAGAGAAAAUGACUGUCUUCAGGAAGAGCUGCGAGAAAUGGAAACACGCUACGAUGAAACACUAGAAAACAACAAAGAGCUCACGUCAGAAGUUUUUAGGUUGCAGGACGAACUGAAGAAAGUGGAAGAAGUGGCUGAGACGUUCCUUAGCCUAGAAAAGAGUUAUGAUGAGGUCAGAAAUGAAAAUGAGGAGCUGCACAUUUUGGUUUCGAGACUUCAGCAUAAGAUUGAGAAGCUACAGGAGCAAGCGGGACCCAGAGGAGAUUGUCACUCCCUAUGGGCAGCCAGUUCAGAUGACCUGGAAGUCCAGCCUGAUGGCCAGGUACUUAACCUCAGUCAUCCGCCAGAGGUUAUAAACAUUCCCCAUGUGAUAGAAGAACAUUUUCAGGAGAACCAGUUCUUGGAGCAGGAGAAUACACAACUCUUGGGAAAAGGAAAAGCUUAUGAAACUGCAGGGCUGCACAGAGCAAUCCCGAGCCUUCAAGAAAAGCCUGGAAUACAGGACCAAGGUGUGCUAGAGGAAUACCCUGUUCUCCUCCACCUUCAAGACAAACAUUUCCAGCGUCAGGCCACACUAGCAGAGUUAGAAGUGGAGAAAAAGAAACUGCAGGAGCUAACUAGGAAGUUGAGGGAAAGAGUUACCACUUUAGUGAAGCAAAGAGAUGCCCCUUCUCAAGGAGAAAAGGAGGAAGAAUUGAAGGCAAUGAUGCACGACUUGCAAAUUACGUGCAGUGAGAUGCAGCAAAAGGUGGAACUUCUGAGAUAUGAAUCUGAGAAGCUUCAAGAAGAAAAUUCUAUUUUGAGAAAUGAAAUUACUACUUUAAAUGAAGAAGAUAGCAAUUCUAACUUGAAAUUAGGGACAGUAGAUGAAUCUCAGGAACAAAUGUGGCAGAAGAUAGAAACUAUAAAACAGGAAAAAAAUGCAGUACAGAAGAUGGCAGAAGUUUUAAAGAAACAGAUUUCAGAAUUAAAAACCAGGAACCAACAAUUGGAUUUGGAAAAUACAGAACUUAACCGAAAGAACUCUCAGAAUGAGAAAGAGUUGCAAGAACUUCACCAGCGUCUGGAGGAAAUGCAAUGCCAGAGGGAAGAUGAGCCUGAACACUGUCCAUUGGCAGAGUGGGAACAAGAGAAGUCUCAGCUGCAAGAACUAGAACACUGUCGAGUGCAGUCCUCCACUUUAGUGUCUUCUCUGGAGGCAGAGCUUUCUAAAGUCAAAAUGCAGAUCCAUCUCGUGGAACAGGAAAACCUCCUUCUUAAAGAUGAACUGGAUAAAAUGAAACAACCUCACAGAUGUCCUGAUCUCUCGGACUUCCAGCAAAAAAUUUCUACUGUUCUAAGCUACAAUAAACAGCUGCUGAAAGAAAAGGAAGCUCUCAGUGAAGAAUUAAACAGCUAUGCUGAUGAGUUGGCAAAAUCAAGACUUUUAGAGCACAGGAUUACUGCUCUGAAGCAGGAACAGAAAUCUUGGGAACAUCAGAAUGAAAACUUGAAGACACAGCUGGUAGCAUCACAGGAAAAGGUUCAGAGUCUAGAAGACGCGCUGCAGAACAUAAACCUGCAAAUGUCCCGUAUUAAAUCUGACCUACGAGUGACUCAGCAGGAAAAUGAGGCUUUAAAACAAGAAUUGGUGUCUUUACAUAAGCAACUUCAGAAUGCUGAUGACAAGAACUGGGCCCCAGAAAUAGCCACCCAUCCAUCAGAGUUCCAUAAUCAGCAACAAAGACCAUCUUGGGACAAGUUGGAUCAUCUAAUGAAUGAGGAACAACAGCUGCUUUGGCAAGAGAAUGACAGACUCCAAACAGUGGUGCAGAACACCAGAGAAGAACUUACACACUCCCGAGAGAAGGUCCGUCAACUGGAAUCCAGCCUUCUCCUCCCUAAACACCAAAAACAUGUAAAUCCAUCAGGUACUGUGAAACCCACAGACCAAGAGAAGCUAAACUUAAAGAGAGAGUGUGAGCAGUUUCAGAAGGAAGGAGCUGCUAAUAGGAAGGCUAGUCAGAUGAAUGCCCUUGAACAAGAAUUAGAAACAAUUCACUUAGAAAAUGAAGUCCUGAAAAAGAAACAAGUAAAACUGGAUGAGCAGCUAAUGGAGAUGCAGCUCCUCAAGUCCACUGUGAUGCUUAGCCCGUCCCCUCAUACUUGGGAUCUGCCCCUGCUCCAGCAGCAAGCCUGUACGAUGGUGCCCAGGGAGCAGUUUCUGCAGCUCCAACAUCAGCUGUUGCAGGCAGAAAGAAUAAAUCAGUGCCUGCAGGAAGAACUUGACAACAGAACCUCCGGAACCAACACACCACAGGAAAACCAGGAACAAUUGGUAACUGCCAUGGAGGAAAGAAUGAUAGAAGUUGAACAGAAAUUGAAACUGGUGAAGAGGCUUCUUCAGGAGAAAGUGAAUCAGCUCAAAGAACAACUUUGCAAGAAUACUAAAGCAGACGCAAUGGUGAAGGAUUUAUAUGUUGAAAAUGCCCAGUUGUUGAAAGCUCUGGAAAUGACUGAACAGCGACAGAAAACUGCAGAGAAGAAAAAUUACCUCCUAGAAGAGAAGAUUGCUAACCUCAGUAAUAUCGUCAGGAACCUGACACCAGCACCACUAACUUCUACACCUCCUUUGAGGUCAUAGUGAAGCCAAAGGAUACUUUCUUAUUUAUGCACUUUACUGAAAUGUAUAGUACAUUUCAGUAGGUUCUCUUAACCUUUUAAAUACAUAGAUAUGUUUAAUGGCUUAAAGUGAAAUCUAAUCUAAAACUUGCAGCAGCAAAUUGGAGUCUUCAUUCUUUGUCAUUAAUUUUCCUAUACGGGACAGGAGAGAGAACUCAAUAGGCUGAGUUCUGACUUUGCAGGAGGGUGCUGGGAUUCAGCUCCUGACAUCGCAUGGCCGCCUGAGUACCACUGAGAGUGAUCCUUGAGCACAGAUCGAGGAGUCUUCCCCCAAAGAACUACUCUGGAUAAGACCCCCAAACAAACAAAAUUUAUAAAUCAGCCAUUAUGGAAGUUGUAAACAUUCACAUACUUGAAUUAUGACCAAGUUUUGAAUUUUGAAAGAACUAUUCCUCUAAGAAGAUAGUAAUCACUAAAAUGUAGUUAUAUGAAAAUAGUUUAAGACUACUAAAACAGCUUUGAGCAUUUAAAAAUCACUAUUAUAAAAAUAAGAUAAAAUCACUAUCAUGUACACAUUUUAUCUGUAAAUCCUAGAUAUUUUAAGUUUGAGUUGCUAUUCAUUGGGUUUUUGGUUGGUUUGGUUUAGAUCUGGUUUUAGUUUUGUGGUCAUACCCACUGAUACUCAGAGGACCAUAUGGUGCUGGGGAUUGAACCCAGGCCACUUGCAUGCAAAGCAUGUGCUUCGCUCUUUGAGCUCUCUCUCUCUCUCUCUCUCUCUCUCUCUCUCUGAGUGUCUGUCUCUCUCUCCCUGACUCUCAUUGGUGGGUUGAGAUUUAUUUUUAAACCAAAUUUCUGCCUUCAUAAACAGUAAAAUACUGAAAAGUCAUUCUCUUUCUGAUAUAUUUAAUUCUUUAAACUGGUGGAUUUCUGCCUCAUGAGGUUAUUUCCUCAAUCACUGAGGUCAGAAAAAAAUGCAGUCCAUAGUACUUUGCCUUCUAAUAUGUGAUUCAGUAUUACCAUUCUUUGUAUAUUCUAGAUACAAAAUUGAUUUACUCAACUGCAUGGUUAACCGAUGAUAAACUAUUACUUUAUGAAAGACUUUUUCUUUUUUUAAAGUUUGAUUGGUAGUUUGUCUUCUAGGAAAUGGAUAAAACCAAUUCUUAAAGCAUUUAAAAUCAAGGGGAAAUACUGAAUAAUACUUUGAAGUUAACAACUACUAUUAGAUAAGCAAACCAUGUGAAUUUUUUUAUCUCUAAAGUCUUGGAGUUCAUGAAAGGACACUUGGAAUUGCCUCAAAGAACUCAGGGAACAAAACUUUAACUGUCUUCCUGAAAUACUGUAAGGCCUCUCUAACAGUUUAAAAUGUAUAAACCAUGUGUCCUUAUUUAUUUGUCUUAUUUUUACAGUUAUUGUGGAAUUUUUAUUUUUAUAUUUUUAUUACAUUUUAUCUUCUGAAAAGGGGGGCCUUGAUUUAAGAGUUAAAAACCUCUACUAACUUAUGGAAAAGCUAUCCUUUGUUUACUGUAGGUAAGAUUUUCUACCCUUCUUCUUCUAUACCUCAGAUUAAUCAUAGAAAUUUAUUAUUGUGAUAAAUAUUAGCCUGCCAUCUGCAGUAGUAAAAGAGAGAAAAAUAGAAUUCUUCAUUCAGUUUGAAGAUCAGUACUUUACAGGACAGUUACACAUUUUAGAUUGAGUAGCUUGUUUCAUUCCAAGAAUAUUCAUUCAUUCCAUUCAUUCUUGGAAUGAAUGAAUAUUCUGAUAUUCAUUCAUUGAAUGAAUGUUCUGAUAUUCAUUCAUUCCAUUCAUUCUUGGAAUGAAUGAAUAUUCUGUUUCUAAUCUCCUUCCGUCAGCAACUAGUGGAGGACUUGUUUACUCAGUGCAGGAUGAUAAUGUAGUACAUCAAUCCACCUGUUUGUUUCACAGGAAAGUAAUCAGAAAAUGAUAAUUUUUUUUCCAAUCAAAAAAUAUUUCCAAGAAAUCUAAGCCUAUGAAUUUACAGGAACUAUAACAACAAAACCAAAUGCUGAUUUGGGGGAACAAAGGAUGAUGCUGGCUGUCUAAGUCAUAUAAUGUCAGAAAGUCAAGUCUCAACAUAGUAAUCUCAUCAGUUUAGUGUUCGUUGGGACAUAACUGUAUCCUGUUUGUCCCACUGGCCAACAUAGGAACCCCCAAUAUAAAAACCUUUCAAAGGCAUGUUACUUGUGGAAAGGAGAGUUCAUACUAAUGAUGUGGAACUAUUAUUUUUGGACAGUUUUAUACUCCCAGUUUCCCCCAGUAAAAAAAUAAAAAUAAAUUUAAAUUUAAAAAGCCAUUUUUAUCUUUAUCUUUUGCUCUUUCUCCUAGUCCUUAUCCUCCAGUGCAAAUAUUCCUAUCAAACCCAGCUAUUCAUAUGACAUUGGUAUUAGUAGAGAAUCUUUCACUUAAAAUUGUAGAUAGGCCUACACUAUGGUUAAAAAUAAGCUAAGCAUCUCUGGUAUACUUUUGUGAUACGCUUCAAGCUACUCAAAUAUUGCCUCAAGUUACUCAAAGUUAUUGCCAUCAGAACCGAAUACCAGGCAUAUGCCUCAAAUAGCUGACUUUGCAUGUGAUCAUGUUUUGUAUUUUUAAUUUUUUUACAUCAUACAAAGUAUAGGUUAAUUUGCUUAUUUUUUGUGUUUGUAUUUAAGUCCAUAUAAGAUGUACAAUGAAUGUAAAUAUGACUGGAAAGUUUUAGACUACAUUUAGAGUUCCUUUAUUUAAAAUUGAAACACUGCUCAAAUUAAAUUUCAGGUGCUUAAUUUCUUGCUUUAUUAUACCUACAAGCUAGUAAAUAAAAAACAAUAUAGGAAAUUUUCAGAUUUAAGAUAUCUAUAUAUUUGUGCAGCAAUUUAUUUUUGUAGUUUAGAUUGUGAACUUACAUGUCAAUUUGUAAUAUACCUUAUAGGUUUGAAAAACAUUUCAAAGAGUAAAUUUAAAUAAAAUAAAAUAGAAUAUUUAGAUUUUGCUUUCAGACUUUAUAGUAGCACUUUUUGAAAAGCAAACGUUUUGUAUUUUAUCAGCAUUUAGAUGUGUUUAUUAAAGUUGCUCUUAAACUUUAUUUUGAUUACUUAAGAACAGUUAUUAAAAUUAGUUCUUAGAAGAUGGGAUCUUCAUUUCAGGCAAAAAAUCAAGUUUGCCUUUGUGAUAUAAAUAUAUUACACUAAAAAGACUAUAAAUAUGAGAAAAUUAAAAAACUAUAAAUGGUAAAAUCUUAUAUUACUUUUAUUUUCUUUUUUCUUUGUUUUGGAAGUCUAAAAUCGUAAGUUCAGACUUGUAAGGUGAGAAAAAUGGAAGGGGGUGGUGGUGAGCCAAACCACAAUAUUUUAUUUAUUUUUCUAAAAUUUAAUAAGUCCAGAUUUUAAGAAUAUUUUAAAUGUGAAUUUUUCCAAAAGUUUCAAAUAUAUUACCUGUAAAUUUGUUCAAUAUAUUUUACAGAAAUAUAUCACAAAGUCAGAGGCAUGCAAGGUAAAAGAGGAAUUCUUACAGAUCUAGUGUUUCAAGAAUGUACCAAUCAAUACAUGGGCAGCUAUUAUCAUGAAGACCUUUUUUAAAAAGAAUGAAUAAGGCUUUAUGGUGGAAUUUAACAUAUAGGGAUGAAUUUUUAAUUUUUGUGAUUUCCCAAGUGAUGAAAAGAUGAAUGUGUUGGUAUUGUCAACAUAUUAAAGGUAUUUCCAACCAAAGCAAGGCCAAGUACUUUGUAAUAACAUUAAACAAGUCUUGUUUUGAAUGGAUUAUUUAUAAUAACUCAUUGGAAUGAUAUAAUUAAGUAAGUAAUGCCAAAAACCAAAUAAAAGCUUAAUAACCAAAGCAUUCCUAUUAAGAUUUAUUCAUUAUAUCAUUUUUGGAUCUAUUUGAACAUCUCAGCACUGUUUAAAUGAAAUAUAUGCAGUUACAGGCAUAAGUAGUAUCAGGUUUAUGCAUAUGGCUAGCUGUUGAAUUACAGGCUAGCAUUUUGUUUCUUAGUGUUUUGAGUGAUAAGUUAAAUUUAUCCUUAUAGGAAGAUGUGAUCAAAGCCUGAUUCUAAGGGAACAUUAAUGAAGGAAAACCUGUCAUGAAGCCAUCUAUAGGAUUCUGUUCAUGUAAAAAUUAUUGUCUGUGUGUUGUGUAUAUGAACAACUUUGUAUGUUUCAUCUUAGCCAUUCUAUCCUAGAUUUUAAUAUUGGCUUAAAAUGUAAAUAAAUAAUUUUUCAAAAUACGA